AAACUGAACCCUUCGUGUUGAUAUUUUGCCUGGUUGGCAUUGCCUUCAUUACUUGUAUUCUCACUAUGAAUCUUCGAUCGCCAACCGAGUUGAAUUUCGGGGCGGCAAAUAUGGCUGCCGAGUGGGCAAGAUGGAGCCGAGACUGGCAGUAUUAUGCUGCGGCCCGUGAGUUGGCUGCGAAGCCUAUGGCGGUGCAGCUAGGGACUUUCUUUAAUUGUGCAGGUGUCAGUGCACAAGAGAUCGCGACACAUUUUGAGUGGCAGGAGGCGGACGGCCUUCCGGCCCUCCUGGCCGAAUUUGAAGCCUACUGCAACCCACGACGAAACGUCAUUUUGGAACGUUUCACGUUCAACACCCGGCAACAGCGUCCGGAUGAGAGUGUGACAAGCUUCCUGGCUGCCCUGCGCUCACUGGCGGCUACUUGUGAAUUUCAUGACGUGGACGACAUGAUUCGUGACCGCCUGGUCAUUGGUGUGCGCGACCAGGGGACACAGCGCGCUCUUCUUCGUCAGUCGAAGCUGACGCUGCAGGAAGCGAUAAAUAUUGCCAUCUCCGAAGAGGCGUCAACACGUGACCAACAGAGUAUGGCCGGUGCGCGCUCAGAAGAGCCGCAACAGAACACUAAUGAUGUCUGCGCAGUGUCCCAGCCGGUCGCACCCCCGUCUUCUGUUACGGUGAGCGCCCAGUGCCGCUUUUGUGCCCGGGUGCAUGUGAUGAGACGGACACAGUGUCCCGCGUGGGGCAAAACGUGCAACGUGUGCGGCGGCCAGAAUCAUUUCUCCGGAGGGAUAGCGUGCCCACGGCGACGACCGGCUGGAACCAGUGGCGCAGCGCUGGGCGCCGCGGGAGGAGCUCGUGCGCCUCGACAACGCCAGUUCGGGUCUGGAGACGGUCGGCGCCGCCCACCAGACGGCAGUGGGCCUAGAGUCGCCGCGGUACAAACGCCUGAAGAUGAAGACCCAUACAUCGUGGGCGCUGUUUUCGAAACAGAGACUGAUGAAGCUGCGAUCAGCUACCGCCGAUGAUCCCAUUUUGUCUCAGCUGCUGAGGCAGCUGCGCUCUGGCUGGCCGGCGCAUCGCCGAGACGUUCCUGAGCUUCUGA